AUGACAAUCUCAAGAUAUUUCAAAUGCUUUAACCUGGUUUCAACUAUAAAAGAGUUACUUCAGAAAUUAAGAGAGACAAGUUGGGAUGCUUUCUUGGUUCAUGUUCGAGAAUUUUACAUAAAACAUGACGUUGACAUUCCAGAUAUAAGUGCAAAAUAUAUUGGAAUAAGAGGUCAUGCUCGAAAUGAACAAGAAUUGUCUUGGGAUUAUGGUUCCAAACAACUCCUUUUGUUCGCUCGCAAGACCAAAGGUUUAGUAGUUGGCAUGAAGGUUCAGUCCCUCAUGUCCACACAUCGCUUAGUGUGGAACUCUGUAUCUGGUGACCUUGGAAGCAUGGAUGAAGAUGUAAUAAAUUAUGCAAACUUCAAUGAGAAUGAAGAUGACAUGCUUGAUAAACUGGGAGAUGACAUAUUGAAUGAACCAAUUAACAAUAUGUCAAAUAGUAUUGUGUUGACGCCGACAAAGAAUAUUGAUUGUUUGAUUGAGGUUGGAAUGGAAUUUUCUGAACGAAAGGAUAUAUUAGACUUGUACACAACAUUUGCUAGGACAACAGGUUUUGGAGUUCGGGUUAGAACAACUAAGAAGAACUACAUCAAGGUAACAUGUGCUAGAGAGGGUUUUGCAGAACAAAAAAAAAAGAGUGUUGAUCAAGUUUCUCACGGAAAUUUGAUAAGGAGGACAUCAUCAGCACGCAUAGGGUGUGAAGCUUGUAUUAAGGCUUGUACAAAUGAAAAAAUAAAAUUGUGGAGAAUUACAUAUUUUUCUGAUAACCAUAAUCAUGGUUUGGUUUCUCCAAUGAGUGUUUCAUAUCUGAGAUCACACAAAAAAAUGCCUGCUGCUGCAAAAUCAUUGAUAGAAAAAUUCAAUGAUUCGGGUUUGCCCAUCGGAAAGGUUGCCACUAUCCUUAGAGGCAAUGAUGUAUUGUUUGAUAGCCGAGAUUGUUAUAAUCAUAUGAAAAAUGUGAGAAAAAAAAUAUAUGAUGCAGGGGAUGCACAAGCUGUGUUACAUUAUUGUGUUAAACAAAAGACAAUGAAUCCAAAUUUUUUUUAUUCCAUCAAGUGUGAUGAAGAUGAUCGCAUGGAAAGCUUUUUUUGGAUUGAUGCAAGGUGUAGGCAGGCUUAUGAGCUUUUUGGGGAUGUCAUCACCUUCGACACAACAUAUAGGACUAAUAAGUAUUCCAUGCCAUUUGGACCUUUUGUUGGGGACAUGGCAAUUACCAAUGCGGUAUCCAAAGUUUUUCCAAAAGCCAAACAUCGAUUUUGUUUGUGGCAUAUUAUGAAAAAAUUUCCAGAGAAGCUUUCUCGUGUUUAUCAUGAGCAUGCAUCUUUUGGUAAUCAAAUACAUCAGAGUGUUUGGAACUCCAAAAGCACUGAAGACUUUGAUGAUAGAUGGAAUCAUAUUCUUGUUAAGUAUGGUCUUGAUGGAAAUGAGUGGUUGCAUACACUAUAUUCAAUUAGAUCCUCUUGGGUACCAAUAUUUAACAGGUCCACUUUCUUUGCUGGUAUGAACACUACGCAGCGGAGUGAAAGUAUAAAUUCAUUCUUUGAUGGUUUUGUUACAGCUGGUACAACAUUAAAAGAAUUUGUGGAAAAAUAUAAUCAAGCUGUAGAUACUCGCUACGAGUCUUUUAGAAUGGAAAACUUUGAAUCUAUGCACAAAGAAAGACGUUUGUUCAGCAAAGAGUUGUGUGAUAGUUUACAAUACUCUACGGAGAAACUUGGAAAUGACGGAGAAUGGGUUACCUAUAGAGUUUUUAAUAUGGAAGAUAUAGAAAAUUCUGCAACAGUGGAGAUAAAGGUGGAUGAUAAAGAAGCUAGGUGUUCUUGUCAAUAUUUUGAAUUCAUGGGAAUCCUACGUAAGCAUAUUCUUGCUAUUUUGUUUGUUGAAGGUGUUUAUCAAAUUCCUGAGCAUUUCAUUUUGCGUCGUUGGAGCAAGGAAGGAAAUUAUAUACUAAGUUCAUACAACGACACAUGUUUUUCUCCUGGAGAUGGACUCCUUCAGAACCUUCAGCUAAGCUCUAAAUUGUCUAGACUUGCUGAGCUUGCAAAAAGGUCACACAAGGCAUUUAGAAUCAUUAAUGAUGGUGUUGACUCUCUUGCUGCGUUUGCAGAAAAGUGUUUAAUAUCUGAGGAGAGUGAGGGUCUAGAGGAUUUCAACUUACAUUCUUUGGAUUCUCUACUCGAAGAGUCUUCCAUUAUGAACUUGAAGGAUCCUAACAUUUCACAAACUAAAGGCUGUAAAAGGAUUCAAAGUGGGAUUGAAGAAGCAUCAAAGCAUACUAAUAUACGUGGACAUUGCAAGAAACGAGGACAUAAUAAGCGUACAUGCAAAGAAAAAAAUGGAACUGAUGUUGAAGUUAAUUUUGAGGCUAGCAUUUGCUUGUCAUUCCUUUCUUGGUGA